GCCCAGGCCUAAUCAUCAUCAUCAUCUCCAGAGAGCUUUAAAGAUUUGUCUUGUAUGGCGAGAAAGCUCUAAAUCAGAGAGAGAGAUUGUGAAAAGAAGAUGUCUAGAUCUCUGGUGAAGCGUUUUGUACCCUAUGUGUCUGCUCGUAUAAGGGAGAAUCAUCGGAUGCUUAAUUAUUAUUGUUCUUCCGCUUCUUCUGCUCUCAAAGAAGCUUCGUCUUCUUCUUCCCAAUCUGAAUCUCCUUCUCUCGAAGCUGUUCAUCUCAGCGAGAAUUGUAUCCGGAGAAUAAAAGAGUUACAAUCGAGUGAACCGGAGAAGAAGCUGCUUCGAUUGGGUGUAGAAACUGGAGGCUGUUCUGGUUUCCAGUACGUCUUUGAGCUUGAUCAUAAAACCAACCCUGAUGACAGGGUUUUCGAGAAGGGCGGUGUCAAACUGGUUGUAGAUAAUGUCUCCUAUGACUUUGUCAAAGGCGCUACUGUUGAUUACGUUGAGGAGCUCAUCCGUUCUGCUUUCGUGGUAGCUGAGAACCCAGCCGCAGUGGGUGGAUGCAGUUGUAAAAGCUCCUUCAUGGUGAAACAGUGAAUCCAUUCUUCUUUUACAUGACUAGAAACCAUAUUUGGUCUUUUGUUUAUUUACUUGUACAAUGUCUCACAAGUUUUUGUUAUGUAUCAUCAUCAAAAAAAUAUACAAAAAAAACUCUGUAGGCUUCUUCUAGCUCAACAAAAUCAUAUGUUCAAUCCUAUUUUUUAUAUAAUAA